AGCUGGAAGCCUCAUGCUCAUCUGCAUUCGCAGCUCAACAUGGGACGAGAAUUGAGUGAUUAUUUUGUGGAAUGGAAUGGAAUGGAAAGGAGCGAUGUUGCCAGGCAGGUACGGUACCUCCAGGGAGGUAUUACCUCGAAUUUCAGGCACUACGGAUACUGUAGGAAAUGGGCGGGUAACCCAUCGAGCCCACCCAGUCCGAGCGCCGGCCCGUGAGACGGCCAUAACUGAUAGGCUCACACAAAAUUUUAACGGCUCACAGCUUUUACUCGGGCCCAUAUCGAGACUGCAAUUGACAAUUACUAGUAAAUUGCUCUGGUCACCUCGAAACAAAAAUAAGAAAGACACAGCUUCAGAAUGGCCGGCGAACCAGGCGAGGCGAUGGCCCAUUCGGCCUUCGACACCAUUUUGGUGCUCGACUUUGGUUCACAGUAUACCCACCUGAUCACUCGCCGACUUCGCGAGCUCAAUGUCUUCUCGGAGAUGCUGCCGUGCACUCAGAAGCUCUCGGAGCUCAAGUUCACCCCCAAGGGCAUCAUCCUCUCGGGCGGCCCCUAUUCCGUCUACGAGGAGGGCAGCCCUCAUGUCGACCCUGCAGUCUUUGACUUGAACGUCCCGAUUCUCGGCAUCUGCUAUGGCAUGCAGGAGCUCGCAUAUCGCCUCAACCCCGAAAACGUCAUUGCCGGUACUCACCGCGAGUACGGCCAUGCCAUGCUGAAAGCGCGAUCCAUUGACAACCAUGUUGACCGCCUCUUCGAUGGCAUCGAGGGGUCGAUGCGCGUGUGGAUGAGCCACGGCGACAAGCUGGCCAAGCUCCCCGAAGGCUUCCACACCAUUGCCACGUCUGACAACUCCGAGUACGCCGCCAUCGGCCACGAGAACAAGCCAAUCUACGGCCUGCAGUUUCACCCCGAAGUCACCCACACACAAAACGGGACCGCGCUCCUCAAGAACUUUGCCGUCGGCAUCUGCGGCUGCAAGCAAGAGUGGACCAUGCAGAAGUUUCUGGAAGAGGCGAUCGCUCAGAUUCGCCACACUGUCGGUGAGAAGGGUCAGGUCCUGGCUGCUGUUAGCGGCGGCGUGGAUUCAACGGUUGCCGCUAAGCUCAUGAAAGAGGCUAUUGGCUCCAGGUUCUGGGCCGUGCUCGUCAAUAAUGGCGUUAUGCGACUCAACGAAUGCGAGCAGGUUCAGAGGGACCUCUCCGAGGCCCUCGGCAUCAACCUCACCGUGGUGGAUGCCUCUCAGCGGUUCCUUGACGGCCUGAAGGGUAUUGAAGAUCCUGAGAAAAAGCGAAAAUUUAUCGGUGGCAAGUUUAUCGACAUCUUCGAGGAGGAGGCAAUCAAGAUUGAAGAGGCCGCGGCCAAUGACCCGACUAAAGCUGGCAAGAUCGAGUUCUUCAUGCAGGGUACACUGUAUCCGGAUGUGAUCGAGUCGCUCUCGUUCAAGGGCCCCUCGGCCACGAUCAAGACUCAUCACAAUGUUGGCGGCCUGCCCGCUCGCAUGGCCAAUGGUCAGGGCCUUAAGCUCAUCGAGCCCCUCCGGUCCCUGUAUAAGGAUGAGGUCCGGGCUCUCGGACGUGCCCUCGGUAUCCCGGAAGAGCUUGUGAUGAGACACCCUUUCCCCGGCCCUGGCAUUGCCGUUCGAAUCCUGGGCGAGGUGACCCCUGAGAAGGUCGAGAUUGCGCGCCAGGCAGAUCACAUCUUUAUUUCUGAGAUCCGCAAGGCGGGCAUCUAUGACCAGAUCUCCCAAGCCUACGCCGCCGUCGACCCCAGCCGUGCGGUGGGCGUGAUGGGUGAUAAGAGAGUCUAUGGCUACAUCGUUGUCCUCCGCGCCGUCACGACGACAGACUUCAUGACCGCCGAAGCGUACAACUUCCCGUGGGACUUCCUUCAGCGGGUCAUGAACAGGAUUGUCAACGAGGUUCAUGGUGUGUGCCGCGUCGUUUACGAUAUUACGUCGAAGCCCCCCGGAACAAUCGAGCUCGAGUAACUGUACCGAGACACAAGAGAUGGCAUGGUUCACGUCGGAGGAUGGUGUCAAACUCUGAAGAACAGAGUACGCGAAGCUUUACGACCCGUGUUGAGACCCAGUUAUGGUUUUCAAACACCACGUGCCACAGAAAGACUCUUGGAUGCCAUGGCAAUGUGAUCCAGGACGUGGCUCAUGAUGAUAGACCAUCAAUAGAUAUCUUCGGAGAUGGGGAUCUGCAGUGUGCUGAUUGUGUGCCCC